UUAUCAAGAUUCGUCCUAUAAAAUGACAGAAUACUUCAUCAGUACCUCUCGUCGGUACCUUCAAAUUCCUCACCAUCGUGACCCGGACAUUGGAAUUCCGCAGGAUGUUACUUUCGUUCAUUGCCCCCCGUCGCCUCAUAGGAACAGUAGCUACCAAUUCAAUUUACAAGGAAGGUAUUUCGCUGUUGAUACACUUAUCGACAACGGCCAGAAUAAUGGCUACACUGGCCUAAACGGUGGAUAUAUCGUUGCCCGUGGCAGAUUACUCCUCUGGGAUGCGAUCGAUGGGGAGAUGAUCAUACUCAAUGGUGGUCCCAUUGGACUUCAAUGGUAUACUCACUUUCCAGCUGAUUUUAUUUGGCCCCCACAACACGUCAUAGAUCGCUACAAAGUUAUAAAAGCAACUGUACGAAAAGACAUCCUAGGUAACGAGAGUUUCCACAAGGAGUACACGCGCACGCGUGACAUUGACCAUAGGCAAUCACUUGGCAAGCCCGUUUAUUGCCGCGCUCCUAGCGACCCCUUCACCUUCUUUGGACUAGGGGAAACAGAUAAGGUCUCCCACAUACCAUAUUGCAUGGGUUAUGCUUUUGAAACGUAUUGGUUUCCGACUAUGCUGGAGGGUUUGGGGAUAGACUCUGUGAUGCCUGGUACCGCUGUUGGGAUGGACCGGUCCGUUGUGGAAGGUAUUCAAAAGCAAGCCACCUCCAAGAUUCAGCGAUGAUGAGAAUUAACUUGGAACAAUGGAAGCCGGGACAGAUACGAACACUAUCACGCAGUCCAAGACAGUCUUAGUGGCGGCCAGUAUGGUGAGGGACUCCGUUGAAAGGUGCCAUUCCGUUUCAUCAUGAUAUCAUGUUCAUUACCCACUCGGAUAGUAUCUUGCGCGGCCUUCACUGGCCAACUCUGGUUAUCCAAGCUGUAUCUCAUAUCUCUCUUCUUCUUGCUCUCUCGAACGUCAAAAACGACGCCGUUAGACGUUCGAGCGGUCUAACGGUUAUUAUAUAG